AGUCAUGCUACAUGAAAUGUUUGUGACCAAAUAUGAUUUCGUCUCAAUAUUCUCUUUACCAGUCUCAGAAAAUCCUAAAAAGCUUCCCCAAACAAAGAAAAAUCUUACUAAUGUAACAAGAAACUCUAUCUCUCUCUCUCUCUCUCUCUCCCUCAGGAAAAAGUUUUGAGUGAGAGAGUUGGGAAUGGCAAAAACAGGAGUGAUAUUGUUAGAGUCUGAAACACCAUUAACAACAACAACAACAACAAAGACAACAACAGCAGCAACAAUAGCUGAAUUGAAGAAAGAAUUGCAGAGGUUAGUCAAGUCCAUAAUCGACGACAACGACGAUUACACCAUCGAAGCCACCGAUCGAGCCAUACGAACCUUGUUGUCUCUCAAGAAUUUCAACUUCAAACCCACUUCUCUACAGCCUUCCCUUUCCCUCUCACUUUCGGUUGGACUCGAUGAAUCCACGAGUUCCAUUCCCGAUGAAUUUCGGUGCCCUAUUUCCAAAGAACUCAUGCGAGACCCCGUUGUCUUGUCCACCGGACAGACUUAUGAUCGAUCAUUUAUACGAAAGUGGCUGAAAGAUGGUCACCGGACAUGCCCUCAGACCCAACAAGUCCUCUCCCAUACAGUCCUCACCCCCAAUCACUUGGUCCGAGAAAUGAUUUCACAAUGGUGCAAGGGGCGUGGCAUGGAGCUACCAAGUCCUGUUGAAGAUAUUGACGAUGAAGGAAUGACUGAAGCAGACCGUGGCCACUUGAAUUCACUUCUUGAAAAGAUGUCAUCUUCUCUUUCUGAUCAGAAAGAGGCUGCAAAAAAGCUUCGACUUCUGACAAAGCGAACGCCAUCAUUCCGAGCUCUUUUUGGCGAAUGUACCGAUGCCAUUCCCCAAUUACUGAAUCCACUCUCUCCAGGAAGGGCUGAUAACCAUCCUGAUCUCCAAGAGGAUUUGAUCACAACGGUUUUGAAUCUCUCAAUACACGACAAUAACAAGAAGCUAGUUGUAGAGAAUCCGCUGGUCAUCCCUUUGCUUAUCGAGUCGUUGAAAUCUGGAACCAUUGAAACUAGAAGCAGCGCUGCUGCCACUCUCUUCACAUUAUCGGCUCUUGAUUCAAGCAAACACAUUAUUGGGAAGUCGGGUGCUCUCAGACCUUUAAUUGAGCUUUUAGAUGAAGGGCAUAUGUUAGCCAUGAAAGACGCUGCUUCAGCAAUUUUCAAUUUAUGCCUCAUCCCUGAGAAUAAGGGAAGAGCAGUUCGUGAAGGAGCCAUCAGCAUGAUUUUGAAGAAGAUAUUGGAGGGCGUACUUGUUGACGAGUUGUUGGCCAUUCUGGCAAUUCUUUCGACCCAUCAAAACGCUGUUGAGGAGAUGUGCGAGCUCAGUGCAAUGCCUUGUUUGUUUCGUAUUAUAAGAGAGAGUACUUGUGAACGAAACAAGGAAAAUUGCAUUGCAAUAGUAUAUACGAUAUGUAUGAGUGAUCGGUCAAAGCUGAGGGAGAUCAGGGAAGAAGAGAAUGCCAAUGGGACUAUAUCUGGGCUUGCGGAAAGAGGAACUUCAAGGGCAAAGAGGAAGGCAAAUGGCAUCCUAGAUAAGCUUAAUAAAACUGCUCUAGUCAUACACACAGCUUGAUGAAAUAAACCCAAUCCCCCCAUCCAACACAAUCCUUUGUAAAUCCAUCGUACGCCCUUUGUGAAUAUGCCCUUUCUUUGACACUGUACAUAUCAACUUUCAAUUCGGUUACCGAUAAAUACAGAGAAAGAUCCACAUUUUCCUACACAA